AGGGAGGAGCGAGGGGAGCGCGGGCAGCCGCCCGCCCCCGCCCCCGCGCCGCCCGCACGCAACAGUUCCCCCAAAGUUGCAGUCCGGGAGGCGGGCGCGCUGGGGCAGCCGAGGGGCGGGCAGUCGGCUGGGGACGCGGCCUCGCGGCCCAGCGUGAACAGUCCCGGCUAACGGCGGCGGCGGCAUGGGCACCCGGCAGACCAAGGGCAGCCUGGCGGAGAGGGCCAGCCCCGGCGCGGCUCCCGGCCCCCGCCGGGAACGGCCCGACUUCUGGGCGUCGCUGCUGCUGCGCGCCGGGGACAAGGCGGGGCGCGGCGGCGCUGGGCUGCCCCCCUACCACCGGCGCGUCGGCAUGGUCCAGGAGCUGCUGCGGAUGGUGCGCCAGGGACGGCGGGAGGAGGCGGGGACGCUGCUGCAGCACCUGCGCCAGGAUCUGGGCAUGGAGUCAACCUCACUGGACGAUGUUCUGUAUCGCUAUGCCAGCUUCCGGAACCUGGUGGACCCCAUCACACAUGACCUUAUCAUCAGCCUCGCCCGCUACAUCCAUUGUCCCAAGCCGGAAGGAGACGCACUAGGUGCCAUGGAGAAGCUAUGCCGACAGCUGACCUAUCACCUCAGCCCCCACUCUGAGUGGAGGCGGCACCGAGGGAUGGUGAAGAGGAAGCCACAAGCCUGCCUCAAGGCUGUCCUGGCUGGGAAUCCUCCAGACAACACAGUGGACCUGUCUGGCAUCCCACUGACCUCCCGUGACCUGGAACGAGUGACCACCUACCUGCAGCGCUGUGGGGAGCAAGUAGACAGCGUGGAGCUGGGCUUCACGGGUCUCACAGAUGACAUGGUCCUGCAACUGCUGCCAGCACUCAGCACCCUGCCCCGCCUCACCACACUAGCCCUCAAUGGCAAUCGGCUGACCCGGGCUUUGCUGCGUGACCUUACUGACACCCUGAAGGACCCCAGCAAGUUCCCCAAUGUCACAUGGAUAGAUCUGGGCAACAAUGUGGACAUCUUCUCUUUGCCCCAGCCCUUCCUGCUCAGCCUGCGCAAGCGGUCUCCCAAACAGGGCCACCUACCCACCAUCCUGGAACUGGGUGAGGGGCCAGGCAGUGGGGAGGAGAUUCGGGAAGGGACAUUGGGCCAGGAGGACCCUGGAGGGGGCCCUGUGUCACCUGCCAAAGACCACCACGAGGGCAAAGAGGCUGUGACUCAGACUUGACAUGUGAUAAGCCUCACCAGGGAGUCUAUAGAGCAGGAUGGCUGAGGCAAGUUAGGGGCUCCUCCCAUCAGGAGGCUGGGGCUACAGCAGCACCCUAGUACCUGGGAAAGAGGGAUUCGUGCACUACUUCCCUUUGGUCCUUUCCAUCUCUCCUAUAAAUCCCAGCAUCUGCCUUCUGGCUCCCAAUAACUCACCCCUAGCUCAAGGGGCUCCAGGUACCCCACAGCUCAGUCCUUGGCUUCCUCAGAUUUGGGAAAAGCAUAGGUUUGGAGAUGAUGAAGCUUGAGCCAAUGUUACCAAGAGCUUUUCUCCAAACAGCAGACAGGCCCCUGCCAUCCCAGUUCUGUCCUACAUGGGGAAGCAAAUUCCACCCAGAUGUUAAGUCCAACUUAAUGAGGUUGGAGCCUAGUUCUUAGCUACGCUAAGCAUGGACUUAAGGAAGGUGCUCUUCUUGCUGGGUCUCAGGUUUGGAACUGACUUCCCACAUUUUAGCUUCCAGGUCCAGGGACCUGCUCCUAAAACCAGCUCUCACCACACCUUAAAAUAUUUAGAGCAUCCUGUGGUGACAAGUGCCUAUGCACACAGGCAUGCAUGGGAAAACCCAUCAGAAAUCUUGAUCCUUAGCCAGCAUUGUUAUUCACAGGCUGAGGACAGCUCAAACUUGUAUGCAAAGGAUGUUUGCUCAAUAGCAGAGCACUUGCCUACCACUUGAAACUCUGGCUUCAACCCCCUAACUUAUGAGGGCAUUCCUAAAAAUCCCAUGACCAGUGAGCCUAUGGCGGUUAUUAAGGAGAAAACUGGAAACCAAGAGCCUAACUCACCUGGUCCACUGCCCCCAUACUCAACUUUUAAUCCCAAGUAACCCCUAGACCCAUGCCCAGAGACUGGGAGCAAAUGAAUUCUCAAGACCAGAUACAAUCACAAUACUGAGGCAAGCAAGUAUAGGGAAGCAAAGCCUCACAAGAUCAGCACUAGCUAGCUACAAGUGACCCCUGGCCUCCUGGCAAAUAGAAAAGAUCAUACCCAGGAAGGAAAUAGACUAUGGGCAGCAGGGAUUGGUUGGAAUCAAGUAUGAAUGCCUUAAACGCUUUUGGAAAUUUUUCCCUGUUAAGUCUACAGUUGUUAAAAGGAAAACAGCUUAGACUGACCAGAAGUUUACAAGAUGAGUGCUAAUACCUGACAAAAGUAAAAUUGAACUUGUUUUUCAAAUAUGCAUAUUCAAGAAUCACCAAAGACCAUUGUUUAUUAUGGUAUUAGACAUUAUAUUCAAGAGAAACAAUUUUUGGCUUAAAGAUCUCAGCCUUCCAAUAUAAGGGCAACCAAUGUGUACACAUAAAAUGAUUAAAAGGUAUAGAAAUUCCUGUUGGGUGGGGUAACGACACCAAUCGGGCCUGUUGAAUGAUCUCUUGUGAACAGCCUGAUACACAAGGUGACCACGUUUCCAAAUGUUGAAGCUGUUUAGAUUUUCAGAAUCCAAAUCAAUGGUAGUUACUGAUCCCCGGAAUUGAUCAUCCUCUGGGAGAUACAGCCUGCAAAGAAACUAAAUUUCAAUCUUACUUUCUACUCCAAUUAACAGCAGUCAUUCACAAGAGCAAUGAUAUCUUCAGAAAACCGUAGGUUCACCACUACCAAUCUGCCGGUAAUUCCAGCUAUUUUAGGUGAUUUCAUCAUUUGAUAUCCUUUUAAGUUACUUAAAACAACUAGCCACUUUAUCAUUCUACUAAUAAGGUAAUUUUUGUGUAGAUCAAGGCUUACCUCCUCCAGGGCUUAGGUGCUGCCACCAGGUCUAUAACCUGCACUUCAGGGCUCCAUUCCAAAAUCCUGAGAAUGGAUAAAGCAAAGCACCUAAAGACCACAGAAGCAGGAGAGGCAUUUCUUUUAGCCUGAGUAGCAACUUAAUUUAAAAAAAAAAAAAAAAGCCCUUUAAGACCUUACAGAAGAGAUUUUUUUUUUUGGUAAAAUUACUGAAUUACAUAAGUCCUAAUUAGCUUGUCUGGAAGCUGUAACUCUACUCAGUCACAUUUCAAACCUCACAUACCUAAGAUUAUGGUUCCUUCUGACAAAUAAGGAAAACUAUACCUCAGAACAGAUAGGUAAAUUGGUUCAAGAUUAUUAAAUCACCAAGAGGUAAACUGAGAACCCCUCUACGGCUAUGCAUGCCACUCAGGAUUUCCAGAAUAUCAUCAAUAAAGGUCACUAUACUCUCU